CUUGGAAUUUCCAGCGUUUCUCUUGUACUUGGUGGUAGCUAUGUAGUCGAAUUCGAGGAGUACUUUGUCGCAGUGUGUGUGCGUUUGCUCGAGUGCCCAAACAGCGUACCUGCUGAUGAGGACGUGAAGGGUGUUUUGCGCCUGCGUGUUUUGCUUAUCCGAAUGCUUUUCACGGCUUCCUGAUUCACACAAUCAAAAGAAAAAAGAACGCUCAAGAACGAAAAAAAUGAGGUGAUUUGCUUGCCACAAAAAAGAAAACGAAGAAAAGGUUUGGACAUUGAGAUUCGUGCAUGUGGGUUCCAUUGGUGUACUGAUGUGGUCAUUGUUUGUGUAGCAAGGAAGAAAGAUGAGGGGUAUGAAGAGCCUAGAAAGAUCACAGCACAGGAAGUAUAAUUAAGCAACCUCGAAGGCCUCAACAUUCUUCGUCCGGCGAGCGACUUUAGCCAGGACAUGAACCAUCAUUGGCUUUUCAGCUCCAGGAGAUUAGAGAGGUGUGGAGAUUGAUAGAUUGAUUGAUUAGUAGGAAGGAGGAGGUGCCAGGUGAAGAAAUGGGGGGCUAGAGACAAGAGCGGCGGCAUGGGCAUGCACAGGGAUUCUAAGCAGGCUCUUGGGCGAUUUGGAUAGCGGGCUCUGGGAGUUGGGUUGUGCUCCAUUUUCUCAAUUCGAUGGCGGUCAGAUUGCUCCCGGAAGGAUUACCUGCGCUGCUCAAAGUUUGGAUUUGUAUCGUCAGAGCAGGAAACUUUGUGUAGGAUGGGAGAGUCGUCGGCAUUCCGGAGCUGGAGCUGGGAAGUGCCAGCGUUUGAGCCCAGGAGUUCUUCCGCGGCGAAUAGCACCUUGUGGAGUGACGAGGAUGGAGACGAUUUGCAUGCCUUGACGGCGAAGGGUGGUCGCAGGCUCUCGCUGCCGGCUCAUCUCAACAGCACUGAUGAGAGGCAGCAGCAGCAGCAGCAGCAGCAGCAACAGCUUUCCAGCAGGCUCUUGAAACUGAGGGAAGAGCUCCUGGGGGCUCGGAGCGAGUUUCUAGAGAUCAGACAAGAAGCUAAUGAUCUACAGGAGUACUCGAGUGUAAAGCUCGAUCGAGUAACUCGCUAUCUUGGUGUUCUCGCGGACAAAACGCGCAAGCUCGAUCGGACGACAGCGGAGUAUGAACUUAGGCUCGCCAUUUUGAGAAAAGAAAAGUGUUUACAUUUCAACGAACUAGUGUCUAGCAAAGGAAGUACUAGAGUUUUUGUUCGUGCUCGUCCAAAGCUUAGUGAUGAAACGAGUACGGCACUUUCGUUUCCUGACGAGUGCACCGUUAUCAUCAACCGAGCGGGUGAAAAGUCCUCCCGGCUCCAGCCCGUAGAGUUUCGUUUUGAUCGAGUAUACGAACCUCGUACUUCACAAGGAGAGUUCUUCCAAGAUAUCCAGCCUUUGGUACAGUCGGCGCUAGAUGGCUAUAAUGUUUCAAUAUUUGCGUGUGGUUCUAGUGGCUCUGGCAAAACUUACACACUGGAGGGGCCGAGCCAUGACAGAGGCAUGUACUUCCGAGCCUUCGAGGAGCUUUUCGAUCUGUCGAAUGGAGAAGCUACCCCUUCGUCCAAGUUCACGUUCUAUGUGACCAUGUUUGAGCUCUGUAACGACCAGGUUCAAGACUUGCUUGCAAACGUAGCAACUGUUGCGGAAGGUCCUGUUAAUAAGAUUCAGAUGGAAUCCUCUGUAGAGCUACUGCAGCUUGAAGCCGAGAAUCCUUCAAGCUUUGCUAGAAUCUUCAAGGCCGGGCUACAAAACCAGCAAAUAAACGGCUUCAAGGCAAAAAACAUGAGCUCUCCAUGCCUGACUGUCACCAUUCACGUAGGAUACUCGAACAGUUCCACUGGUGAAAAGCAGUAUAGCAAGCUGUCCCUUGUCGAUGUACCUGGAACCGAGCAGCAAAUGACUACUGAAGGAGUUAGCCCGUGCUUUUCAUCACUAGUUGAAGUCAUAUCUGCUCUCGUCUCUAAAAGGGACCAUGUACCAUAUGCAAAUUCGAAGCUAGCGAGAAUUUUAUCGGACUCCCUAGGUGGGGACUCAAAGACGCUAUUGAUACUGAACAUCAGUCCAAGCGAUGUGAGUCUUGAUGUGACGAAGGCAUGGCUCAAGAUCGCAAAAUUCUGCAAUGAUUCGUCCCGAACUUUACAAAACAGGAUUUACGAAGAGCAAAAUCAAGAGCUCAGGAUCGAAGUGGAAAUGCUGAAAAACUCAUUGAAAGCGUCUGAAGACCAAUGCGCACUUUUAUUCAAAGAGAUGCAAAAGUCUUGGAAGUCUCCAAGUACUGCUGGAGGUGACGAUUCAAUAGAGCGGAAGUUUGAGAAGGAUCAAAUAGUUCAGCUGAAAACUCAAGUAGCGCAAUUUGCGAAGUAUGACCGCGACCAAAAAGCCGAGCUGGCAAGUCGAGCAUCGAAAAUCUUGGCUCUUGAAGACAAACUGCAAGAACUUACUCUGCAGUUAUCAGAGAUGAGAGCUAGAGAAUCUCAAAAGAUAGAAAAGGUCAUUCGAACGACAUCGGAUUUAAACGGCACGUCGCCUGCGGCGAGGGAAGAAGAACUCGCGAAGCGAGACGAUCUGAUUGAGCGUUUGCACGAGGAAAACGAGAAGCUCUUUCAGCGGCUCACUGACAGAGGUAUCUUUUCUCCAAAGAUUCGUCAACCGGAUCCUCCAGCAAUCGACAAUCUCACCUUAGGUGACUCAGUCAAGGAUUCUGCCAAACGUUCACCUUACAACCAAGUUCCAAGCACUAACUUGAACAAUAACACUAACACAAACAAGAGCACUCCAGAAAUGACAAAUGCUUUGCAAAAGACAAAUUUUAAGUCCACUCCAGCCGGGGAAUAUUUAACCUCUGCUUUGUCGGACUUCGAUCCUGAUCACUACCAGGGCUUAGCUGCUAUAUCGGAUGCCGCAAAUAAACUGCUUAUGCUGGUUCUAGCGGCUGUGAUCAAAGCCGGUGCCACAAGGGAACAUGAGAUGCUGGAAGAGAUUCGGGGAGCUGUAUUCGCAUUCAUCCGCAAGCUAGAACCGAGAAAGGUCAUGGAUACAAUGCUGGUUUCCCGCGUCCGAAUAUUGUACGUGCGUUCUCUUCUAGCGAGAGCAGCGGAGCUGCAAGAGAUUAAGGUGCCUUCCGUGGACAGAUUCUUUGAAAAGGUCGGAUCCAAGAGCAGUAGAACAUCCAGCAAUGGGAGCAGUCCGACUCGUUCUCCAGUUUCCAGCCAUCUGCAUUCCAGCUCAAGGAAAGACUUGAUAGAUGGUGAGAACAUACCAUCCUUCAAGAUUAACCUGAAACGGGAGAAAGCAUCCAAACUAUCCUCAAUCGUGCUAAAGCUCAGAGGCAUCGACCAGGAAACUUGGAAGCAACAUCUAACGGGAGCAAAGCUUCGCGAGAUGAACGAAGAAGCGCGGAACUACGCAAUCGGGAACAAGAAACUGGCAGCCUUGUUCGUUCACACGCCUGCUGGAGAGCUUCAGAGGGAAAUACGUGGGUGGCUUGCAGAAAACUUUGAGUUUCUGUCAUUAACGGGAACAGACAAUGCGAGCGGUGCCCUUGGCCAACUGGAGCUCCUUUCCACAGCUAUCAUGGACGGUUGGAUGGCCGGACUUGGUAUUCCAACACGUUCUACAACCGAUGCUCUGGGCCAGUUGUUCUCCGAGUAUACCAAGCAUGUAUACAUGUCUCAGCUACAACACUUGAAGGAUGUGGCAGCCACUCUGGCUACAGAAGAGGCAGAGGAUCUUGCACAAGUGACCAAAGUCCGGUCGGCCCUUGAAUCCAUUGAUCACAGGCGAAGAAAGAUAUUGCAACAAAUGAGGAACGAUCCCGCUCUCCUCACUAAAGAAGAAGGUGGAUCUCCAUUGCGUUGCCCUUCCUCCGCUAGCGAGGAAGCCCGUAUUGCAUCGCUUAUCUCGCUCGAAGACAUCUGUAAUCAAGCCGAGGAGAUACGUAAAGAAGCACCACUAAAAGCCACAUUUACGUCCAAGAAGAAGUUCAUGCUGUCAAGGCUCGACUCGCUAGUCAGCCAGACGUCUGCACUGUUGUCGAUUGAUCACGCCUGUGCUCACAAGUUCAUCAAAGCAGCCCGCCGGGCAACCGAGGCAGCGGCGGCGGCAAGUGACGGAGCAACACGCAGGAGGACGGCUUCUUCCGACGACGGCAAGAGCGGCGAGCUGUCAUCCUCAUCAGGCGACUGGGGAAACGACGCCAGCAUGAAUCCCGCCAGCGAAGUCGUGCAAUGGAGCGUCCUCCAGUUCAACAACGGGACAGACACACCAUUCAUCAUCAAGUGUGGAGCAACGUCGCUGAUGCAGCUGGUAAUCAAGGCCCAGGCAAGCAACAAGAGCAGCGAGAGCAGCGAGGCGGCGGGGCGGGAGGUGGUGGCCAUCGUGCCGAGCCCGUCCAUCCUGUCGGGGCUGUCGCUGGAGGAGAUAAAGCAGGCACUGCAGCCUCUACCGGAGGCGUUUAGGCAGCUUGCCAUGGCGAGGACCGCCGACGGGACCCGGGCAAGGUACUCGAGGCUGUACAAAACGCUGGCGGUGCGCGUGCCGGCAUUGAGAAGCAGUGCCGAGCACUUUGACACCGACUUUGCGGGUGGCGGUGGCAUCAAGACGACGCCGCAGCACAGCAGGAGCUUGCAACAGCAGAGGCAGCAGAGGCAGCACAUCCACGCCAGAAGGGCAUCCGAGUCGGACAAUUUCCUCAGCGACUACUGAAAAAGGGAAGCUAGUUUUGUCCCGGCUCCUGAAGAUUUAGCCUGGUUUCCUUGCGACAGGAGGUUGAAGAGCGUUCACACCAGCGCGUGCAUAAGAAGCCACCGGAGCAGUGGACACAAGCUUCCAGCCGCGUGGUUUUGAGCCUCCGGAUUCAAGGGACAGUAAGCGGCAGAAGGCGUCCAAGAGCAGACUCUAGAUGAACACCGAGUAGAGCCGGACACCAAACCACAAAGGACGUUUCUGUAACUCUCGCUGAAGUUUUUGUAUGAGACAUUGCACCUAAAACCUGAGGAGGAGGUAUAAGUUGUUUUUACUCUGGGAAACUCACGCUUGCCAGAUUA